UGGUUAACCAUGUGGUUAUGUUUUGACUGUGCGGCUCUUUUCAAAUAACCUGAGUUAGUGCGACGGAAACUUACAAUUAUUAUUACAGUGUGAAUUUUAGUGUCUUGAACUGCUAAAACUUUCGUGUUAGAUUGUAGAACCGGAAGCCUCAUUGGUCGAAUGCUGUUGCGUUUCAUCUCUGCGCUGGUAGUGAAAAGUAGUUCCGUCCUUCGUCCUAGCCUUCCGUUCCUUCCUGUCAAUUUUACACGCAGAGUCCGAUACCAAGGCCGAAAUAUGUCUGAAGUUGUUGCAAUGGGCAUUGUCAACACCAUGUGCCCUGACGAAGAGAACCCUGUCGUUGCGAAGAAACAAAAGCUGGAGUCACCGCCUGCCUUUGCUGAAGGCAGCUCAAGCAGUUUGUCUGCAGACUCCUCUGUGGACACAGGGGUGGCUUGCCAGUGUUCCAUCGAGGCCACCAUGGAAGCUGACGACACCAGCAUUCUGGUUGCCCUUCACUUUCCUGACAAGCAGUAUGACGGCGAGGUGGAAGAACAGCAAACAGCUGAAAAGGUGAGCUCACUUUUCACCGCCAAUCGAUGCCAUUCCCAAGACAUGCCUGUUACCGCGGUGAGUGGAGGAGAUAAAAACGAGCGGGCGCGCGUGUUUGUCUGCCGCUCUCGGCCCGCCGCUGCAAAUAAGGAGCAGGCAGGUGUGGCUUUGGUUGCCGCAGGAAGUCCAGGCUCGGCCGAGGGCUCGCCGGGCCUCACGUCACCGGCCUGCGAGAAGCGCAAGGCCGAGGAGGACACCAGCAGUGACCUCAAAAAGGCCAAGCUGGAAACGAAAGCACUGAAAGCUAAAAGACCAGGAUUCACGGAUGACCGCUAUAACGAGACGUCCUACUACAUUGAAAAUGGACUUCGCAAGGUGUAUCCCUACUAUUUUACGUUCACCACGUUCACCAAAGGUAGAUGGGUUGGUGAGAAGAUUUUAGAUGUCUUUGCUAGGGAAUUCAGAGCGCACCCAGCCGAGGAAUAUGAGAGAUGUAUCAAGGCUGGCACUCUGACCGUGAACUACGAGGCUGUGGAUAUUGACUACAGAUUAAAACACAAUGACCUAUUAGCAAAUAUUGUGCACAGACAUGAAACGCCAAUUUUAGCAAAACGAAUCCAACUAGUUCACGUUGAUGAGGAAUUAGUUGCCUUGGACAAACCCUGUUCGGUUCCGGUGCACCCGUGCGGUCGCUACCGCCACAACACUGUGGUCUUCAUCCUGGCCAAGGAGUACAAUCUGCGCAACCUGCGCACCAUCCACCGGCUAGACAGACUGACCAGCGGCCUGCUGCUCUUCGGCAGGUCACCGCGCAAGGCUAGGCAAAUGGAGCAGCAGAUCCGCAAUCGACAGGUGCAGAAGGAGUACGUCUGCAGGGUCGAGGGAAACUUCCCUGAUGAGGAGAUUUGCUGCUCCGAGCCCAUUGAGGUGGUCAGCUACAAGAUCGGCGUGUGCAAAGUGUCGCCUAAGGGCAAGGACUGCAGCACCACCUUCCAAAAGCUGAACUUUAACGGCCGCACCAGCGUCGUCCUGUGCAAGCCCCACACCGGCCGCAUGCACCAGAUCAGAGUCCAUCUCCAGUAUUUGGGCUACCCCGUGGUGAACGACCCUCUGUACAACCACACGGUCUUCGGCCCCGAGAAGGGCAAGGGCGGCAACAUCGGCAAGUCGGACGACGAUCUGAUCAGAGACCUGAUCAACAUUCACAACGCCGAAAACUGGCUCGGCAUGGACGGCGACUCUGACCUGAUGCUGAGUCCCGCACUAUCCAUGCCGCUACCCAGUGUCGAGUCUUCAGACUCGCAAGAGUCUCCGAGUCCAGGUGAUUCCUCCAGUGAUGAAGCGUCGCACAGCAAAGUGACCGUGGCUACGCAGACUGGCCACGAGUCGCCGGACAUGCGAUUCGACCCUGCCAAAAUGAGUCGAGACCCGCACUGCUAUGAGUGCAAAGUUCGCUAUAGGGACCCAAAACCCAAGGACCUCGUCAUGUACCUACAUGCGUGGAAGUACAGAGGCCCUGGCUGGGAGUACGAGACCCAGUUGCCUGAGUGGGCAAGAGAGGACUGGGAAGAGCCCUUGGAAUGAGGGUUUCGGUGGUGAAAAGACUCAGCAGGGAGGUAUCUGAAUGGUGGUAAUGGUGGUUGGUGGUGAAGUGUGCGAUGCGAGCAUAUCAGCCGAAAUUGAUUUUAGUCCAAGUACAUGUGCGUGUGGAUCGGGUAAUACACGAAAACGAUCCAUCUGAAAAGGAAUGUGAAGAGACAGAGCGCGCGCAAGUGCGCCUGUGCUUACCAUAUGGACCAUAAUUUCCAGAGACGCUGACAAAAGCAGAGUGAUUGACAACCGACGAGUUUCUAUAUUUUUGUUUAAAGUAUAAGAAGAAUCAGCUGCUAAAAGACAUCACCAUUGUAAAGCUAACAAUAAUACUACGUUAAAAAAAUAUUACAGAACUAAAAUAUAAUAUAUAUUAUGGCUUGUAACAUUAAUUACGUCAAUAUUCAAUUAAAAUCGCAGAGCUAGUUUUAGAUUUUCUCACUUUACGAAGAAGAAAAGGCCUAUUUGAGCUUGUUAGGCAUUCGAUUUUCAAUGCGUGAAAUCUCUUAGUUUUGCCGCUGAAUUUUCUGAAUUUCGACUUAGUGACUUUUGUGUUUUUAUUUCGACUUCUUGAUGCCUAAAAGAUUAGAUCUAGUUUCUCCACAAAUAUCUUGGCUCCUUUUUGGCCUCCUUUCACACAUUUCCUUUCGAGAAGAGCUUCCUUACUUUAGGCAAGAAGCUGCUUUCGAGAAUAAUCAAGACCCAGAACUAGACUUUCAAUAGGAUGUAAAGUCACGCAUAAGAUGCAUGAGUCGAAAAUGAUGUGUUGCGUGUCAACUUCAUAACAUGAUAAAAUGUGGAUUUAUGUCGUGGAAGCCUUGUCGUAAUUAGUAUGAUACAAUUAUACAUACACACACAAAAUUUAAUCUUAAGUCCGAAAAUGAGGAGGUUGAUGUCGCUAACGGAGAAUGCUGAAUGAAAAAUUACACUUUCGUAAGGCGGACAGCCUUUAAUUUUUGUAAAAAUGUUUUUUGUAUAAGUACGUGUGUGCUGACAUGAUGGAAAAGACAAGAUUGUGCCUUGUUGGUUUUUGCUACUAGAGACAAAAAUGUCAGUCAGCCGGUGAUCUGAUUUUGUUGAGCACUUCCAUUUGAGACCGCGCAGGGUACUUACUGAUUCACUCGGUUUUUCACUUUGUUUUCUGCUUUUCUGAAAGUCAGACAGUCGGAUCGACAGACAAUCCAGUGAUAAACAAACACAACUUACUAACAUUGGAGUGGAAGACGAGCACAAACAAAUUUAAUAUUGUAUAUUCAGUGGGAUUCUUUUAUUCGGCGUUAGACGAGAGGCUCUUGUGACAAUCUGACAAGCAUAAAAAGAAAACCUUCUUGAUAAAUUAAAAGAAGGAUUAAACCAUUUAAAAUCUUAUAUAAGAUCUUAAAUAGAUUUUCUAACCUCAGAUGAAACUAACACUAUAGAUACCCAAAAUUUAUGUUGUGUUCUCCUCACUGUUGAAGAAGCAUUUUUUUGUUUUUAUGUAAUCCACACUUUGAGCCCAUUUCUAACAUAUCAAAUUUCAGCUUACACAAAUAUAUUAUUUCGUUUCAGAAAAUGUGAUUUCCUCGCAUUUCAUUCUUGUUUCUUUCUGUUACUUCUAUUUCCUGAUCUUCAUAUCAAAGUGUAAAGUAAAUUUGAAGGAAUCUUUAAAAGUUUCAGAAAUUUAAAAUCAGUCGUUAACUACUUACUAUAAGCAGCUUAAUACCAAGUUAUAAAGAAGUAAAAUAGUCUGGGACCUAAAUAUUGUUGACGAGAAAAUAAAAUGAGCCUGCUUACGACAGAAUCAUGAGAUAACUACAAUACAUUGUAAGGAGAUACCCGCAGACAAAACUACAUUUCUAUUUAUAUUUGAAAUGAGCUUAAAAUUAAAUUUGUUUUGGAUGCUAGGCUAGACAUAAAAAUUAUGAAUAUUGUAAUAAAUGGUAACCACCUUUGAAAACCAACCAAA